AUGUUAAGAAAAUUCAUUCAUUUAUAAAGGAAGUGUGGGAAAUUGAUUAUAAAUAUUAUUAAUAUCAGUGAAAUUAAGUUUGAUAUGAAAUAGAAGGUGAUUCUGAAUCUUGUGAUUGGCAUCCAGAUGAUUGAGAAUACUUUGUUCAUAAAUGACUGCGUUUACUCGAUACUUUAUGAGCAUUACGAGGUAGUUCAAUUAUAAUAUCAGAGUAUGUUGCCAUGGGUAUUUUAUGCGCAUUUAUAAUUAUAAUACUGCUUUUCUUAUUGGGGAACACGAAAGGUACGUAUGAUUCUUGAGUUAGUGACUAUAUUUAAUACGAAGCAACUGAAGUUUUAGCAAGCCUGUUUGGGUUGUGGAAGGGCGAGUAAAGAUUUCAAGUGCAAGGAGUGCAAAAUUUGUUUGAAUUGCAAUAGUAAAUUUCACUCAAUUUUUUUGAACAAAUGUUUGGAUAGCAAUUAAUUACAGUAUUGAAUGUAUGAUAAUGAAAGAUACAUUUAAAAGAACAUAUGGUUGUUGGUACUAAAAUGUUUAUUGUGUAUAUUUGUAAGGAUAUAUGCAAUAAUAUCUUAUUUGGAUGAUGACACCCAACUAUUUCUUGUAAAGAUUAAAUCUAAAUUAGCUCUUCUACGUGAGUUUGUGUGGGGGUGUGCUGUUGGAUUUGACCAUUUCAAUAUUCCUAAUCAUAAUCCAACAGUUUUUGUCAAAGGAACAAAGCAGUACUCAAAAUUUGGUGAAGAGAAGUGACGAGGUAUUGGAUGCCAAGAUGGAUUCUAUAAGAUAAGGUCGUAGUUCUAGUAGUACUCAAUUAAAUAAAUAAAUGAAAAUCUUGGAAUUCCUGGAGAAGAAAUUGAGUCAUCGAAACAAUUUUGUAAAUCCCAAGAAGAUUCACGAAACUGAACCAAUGCCCAUCAUGUUUGAUGAGAACGAAGAGGACGUGGUUCAAUCUCAAAUGUAAUAGCUAAAUGGAUUCGUUCCAUUGACUUUGAGUAAUAUAAUUAAAUAAUAAUGAGUUCUUAUCGUAAAAAUUGCUCGAAAUCAGAAAUCUCUGUGAAUGACACGGCCAAUAAUGUUCCAGUCUUGCAACAAAUAAACUCCCUGAAUUCUUAGCCUAUCAUGCAAGUUCGAAGACCUAGCGAUUUAAAUAGUUCUUUCACUCCAAUCGACUCUCAACAUAGUAUUACAACUUCAAUUACAAUAGAAUAGGUACUCAUAAUGUGUAGAAAUCACCACUUUGUACAUCGGGAGCACAAGAUGGCAGAGCGACGCCAUUGAAUCUUAUAAAUGAAGAAUCGAGUGUGAAUGAACAUUCUGACAAUAAGGCAUUUGAGUCUCUAAUAAAUAAGAAGGUGCCUCCCCAGAUCAAUGAGCUUAUUUUCAAGGAACCAGUACAUUGGAGUCAAAUAUUUACUCAUUAAGGUACAUGUAAGGAAGAUGAUUCAUGCAAUAAGUAUGGAUAAUAUUUGGGCGACAACACUUUUCCUAAGGAAAACGGCAAACCGGAACCAGAAACAAAUAUCAAACCCAUAGUAAUCAUUAUUCAAGUCCUCCUUUAUUUAUAUUACAUGUAUUAAUUUCCACUUCUCCUGUAUGGAGUGGCUUACUCAGACUAUAAUCUAACAUACUAGUUGCAAACCUAACUGCCCUUGCUCUUUUUAAACUUCCUAUUGUUUAGUCUGAACAGAUAGAGGACUGCUAAAUUUAUCCAUUAUUUGCCCUUGGGUGCUUUUAUUCCCUUUAUUUGCACCUUAAUUGAUUUCAAGUAUUAGUUGCAAUUAUCAUAGAUAGCAAGUAAUAUUCAUGUAGGUCGUUCACGUUGUGACAUUCUCAAGGUUCUAUUAAAUGUUCAAGCAGUUGUUCUAACUCUCCAUAUGUUUCAAAUAGUACUCCAUUUAUUUCUUCACCUUAAGAGUAUCUUAAAUUCAUCUCUUCCAAAUUAUUUGUGGAUUCCUUAUCGAAAUCACACAAGUCAAUUAAAAUCCUUAGAGUUUGAAUUCAGAUGCCAACCCUUAGAGUUUGGAUGAAUUCUUUUAAAAUCAGUGCAGUCUAUUCAAUAUCCUUCUCAUAGCAAACAACAAAUCCUUCCUUAUAUACCCAAUCAAAAUCAUGGUGCUAAUUUUUAUUGUUUAUCAAUUCACCAUCAUAAGCAAUUAGAUCAAUCAUAUAUAUCGAAAUCAAAGUACUCUGAUAUCAGGGUUAAUUGAGUUCUCAAAAAUUAUUCAGCAAUUGCCAUUCGAUCUCAGGUACGAAAGUGUGUAGAUAUCAAAUAAAUAAAUUCAAUCCAGACUGAAAACUAGGAACCUAAUUGAUUACGAUAGAUUACCGAAUUCAUUGUCUACUAAAUUGUUGAAUGCAUAGUACUCGAAUACUUUGAGGAAGAUACCACUGAUAGACAAGUGUUUGAGCAAAACUUCAAUAGCAAGUAUUUUAAAGAAUGCAACCAAAGAAAGGAUUCUCGAGCCUAAUGAAGUUCUGAUUGAUGCUUAAUAAGAGAAUAGGUUCUUAUAUUUCAUCUUAUCCGGAAAGGUCAAAUGCUACUAGCAAAGAUAAAACAGAUAAUUUCCAAUAGCUAUCAAUGAAAAUGGAAUUUAUAAUCAGAAUGGGUUCUUUUUGGAAUAACAAUGUGAAAUCGGUGUUUAAUGUGAAACUUGUUGCAAGAUAUUGGAAGUUAAUCCAGAGGAGUUUUGGAAAGAGGUUAGAAGGAGUAUCACUGAACUUGAGAAAAUCAAGAUGUGUUUAGAUAGAGUGUAAUUCAAUUAGGAAUACAAAUUGAUUGGAGUAUCUUGUUAAAUUUGCAAAGGGAAUCACAAGAUUGACAGUUGCAAGAAAGUUCAUUAUGUACCUUCGAGAUAGAUGCUGAUGGAUUACAUCUACUUUGAUGAGAUCAACAAGAGAUAACCAUUCUAAAGAGUAUAUAAUUGUAAUACAAUAGAGGAAUCACACAAGGAAGUUCAAAUGUAUGAAGAAUACCAGCAUGGUUGAACAAGUAGUCUGCAAUGUAAGACAUCUGAUGUUACUCUCUUCUGAGACAUUCAAACGUCCCAAGACAAUCACUAGUCUAGGAAUGUAAUUAGAGUAAUAACACUCUGAUCAUUCUGAAGAGGAGGAUCAUCAUAAGAUGUCUUAGUAUGUAUAAAACUUGAGUCCUGUCUAAUACGCACCUUAAGUGGGCAGUAGUGCUAGUUCUUAUGUGCUGAAGGAAUUGAAAUAGGCAUAACAAUUAAAAUCACCCAAGGAUAGUUUCAUGGUGCAUCAAAAGAGAUACCAAGAGAAAAGGUAAUCUCAUGUGACCAAAAUAGAAAGAGGUUUGAGUAGUUGCCAUAUUUCUAGAUUUAAGUCCGUCGAUUAUUAAGUAUGCUACGAUUUAGGAUAAAAGAAGUCAAAAAUCAAAAUCAAUCAUAAGUGAAGAUCAUGGCAAUGGAAUCUUGUAAAGUUCAGAUCAUCGACAAUUCUCGAAAUAUGGCAUAUAAUCAUCUAAAUUUACCAAUGAAACAGCUAAGUAAUUUUAGAAUAACCCCUUUGAUUUGCCCUUAUACGAUCUUAAUCAAUCCAUCGAUAACAAUCAUAGCUACAGUGAUUAUUUUCCAAGAAAUAAUAUAGAUUAGGUAUCAACCUAUUCUCUAAUUACUAGGCUCUAUUCUCCUAUAAAUAAUACCAAGACAGUAUAAUAUCAAACAAGAGCAAACAGAACAGCUGA